AUAAUGGACAGCAUUUGGUUGAGAUAUCGUCAGAUUUAGAAAUUUUUCGUGAAUUAUCUGAAAGUUUGAAUGUACAAGAUAAUGGAAUUCACAAAGGACAGCAUUUGGUUGAGAUACCUGGCCCGUUACCUUACAUUAAUGAACAAAUAGUAUUUGUUGUCAAUGACACCUUUCCUAAUUGGCCUAUUGCAGAGCAUUACGUUGGUCAGUACGGCUGUCAAAAAGGUUUUAUUCCAGUUAAAAUACGUAAUAAAACUGAUAAAAAUGGACGUUUAACAAAUUUGUAUUUCAAAUGCAAGUUUGGCGGCACAUAUCAGCCAAAGAAAAUAGUAAUCUUGCAAAAUCAACACAAUAAAGGCUCAAAAAAACUUAAUUGUAAUUGGCAACUUAAUCUGUCAUUGGCUACGGGUUUGAUUCGUAUAACUAGUUUUUGUGAUCAUCAUGUUGAGCACCAACUUUCACCGGAUACUAUGAUUUUUGCACCUGUUAAUCGUCGUUUCUCUGAUGAGUGCUGUGAGGACAUUCGUCAUUUAGUAGUUAAUGGUCGAUGCGAUUUAUCAACAAUACGAUCUCUUGUCUCUGCCAAAUAUCCUGAUCAGCUUUUCUUAACACGUGAUCUAGUGAAUAUUGUAGCACAAUUGCGGCGGGAUCAUCAUAUAGAAGGAAAUGAUGCAUCUAGACUUCUAACCCUACUUUAUGAAUACAAAGAGGCAGAUUUGAAUUGGUAUAUCAAACCUUUAAUUGAUCCUGUAAUGCAGCAACUAGAGGAUGCAACUAGAAUUUUACCAAGAGUACUAAUGACAGAUGAAGAUCUUUCUAUGAAACAUGUAGUUA